AUGGAGAAGCUGGGGCUCACGGUCAGCCUCACAUUCAGGUACUGUCUUCAGUCCAACGGGCAGAUGGAGAGGAUCAUCCACAGGAAUCUCCGCAGCUCCUGGAGUCACUGUCAGGACCAGCAGAGGGAGUGGUCCCGAUUUCUUCCCUGGGCGGAGAGAGGUUUUGGACGCUGCCCACGUGAGGCACCAACACGCGUCCAGUGCCAGAGGGAGCAGGUGGACCACCACCGCAGUGAGGCACCCAUUUUCCAUCCUGGUGAUCUCAUCUGGAUCUCCACCAGGAACCUCCCGCUCCUCCUGCCCUGCCAGAAGCUGGGCCCCCGGCCGGUGGUUCCUGGUCCCCUGGCUGAUGCUGUACCUCACGACACCCCUCCACCUCCCCUGGACAUUGAGGGUAGUCCUGUCCAUGCCGUCAGGUCCCUCCUGAACUCCAGACAUCGUGUGUGUGUGUGUCCCUGUGCAGAGAUCCGGCAAGCGUUCCGGGUGCUGGACCGGGAUGGGAACGGGUUCAUCUCCAAACAGGAGCUGGGCAUGGCUAUGAGGUCUCUGGGAUACAUGCCUAGCGAGGUGGAGCUGGCCAUCAUCAUGCAGAGACUGGACAUGGACGGUGAUGGCCAGGUGGACUUUGAAGAGUUUGUGACGAUACUGGGACCCAAACUGCUGUCGUCUGAGACCAGAGAAGGUUUCCUUGGAAGCACCAUCGAUAACAUCUUCUGGCAGUUUGACAUGCAGCAGAUGUCUCUUGACGAGCUGAAGCAGGUUCUGUUCCAUGCGUUCCAAGACCACCUGACAAUGAAGGAUAUCGAGAACAUCAUCAUCAACGAAGAGGAGAGCCUCAACGAGACAGGGAACUGCCCCGAGUACGAGGGAGUCCAUCCUAAGAAGAAGAACAGACAGACGUGCGUGAGGAAGAGUCUGAUCUGUGCCUUCGCCAUGGCCUUCAUUAUCAGCGUCAUGCUCAUCGCGGCCAAUCAGAUGCUUCGGAACGGCAUGGAGUAGCCAAUCACAAUGUGAGCCUGGGGAGUGGGCGGAACAGUUAUAUAACCUCACUUCCUCUCUCUGCAGUAAAAAAAAGGAAGACAGACCAGCCAGAACCCAAAGGACAACUAUAUGUUCUUUUAAAUAAAGUUUGUUUUGAUUUAUACCGUAAACAGACAAGAGGGUGCAAGGCCUGAAGGACAACAAAGUAAAACGAAAAGCCAUUUUUUUUUCAAGUCACUAGGAGGACUUGAUUAACAUAGACUG